GAACGUACAUGGAUUAAUCAAAAUUGGAAUAAUUCCAUAUGCGGGACAUGCGAAAAAUAUUUUAACCCAGAGUAUUCUGCAUCCAAUUUAUUACUUUGAGAAGGAAAAAAAUGGGUACUUCUUUCCUCUUAUUUGAACAAUAUUUAUAUGUUUAUCAAUGUCCACCUCGAGAGCAUUCCCCUGAUUGGGAUGAAUAUUCCUUCGAAUUUAAAGAUCAUUGGGAACCAUGUCAUGAUCCCGAUAACAGGAAUGAACCUGAUUGGGCCGAUGAGCCGAAAACAAAUUUGAUCCUAUAUUCAGUUGUGACAACAAUAAUAUGCUGCUUUGGGAUUCUUGGAAAUACUCUUUCAUUGAUGGUUUUAAGAAGAAAAGAAUUUGUGGGAUCCGUAUAUACCUAUCUAGCAGUUUUAGCUGCUACGGAUUUAGCGCUAUCAAUAACUUAUUUCUUGGGAGGAUUGGCCCAUGGAGUUUUUCAUUCAACUUCCUGGGGUGCGUAUGAUGUCUUAAUUGGCUUACCUCUAGGAGGAGCGAUUAACUCUAUGGGAGUAUUGGCCACUGCUGGAUUAACAAUUGACAGAGUUCUCUUUCUUUGGAAUCCGGUUCAAUGUGUAAAACCAAAAUUUUGUAAUCCAAAAAUUGCCAGGGCUCUUAUGGCAAGUGGAGCAGUCCUCUCAGUUCUACUUAAUAUACCGUAUUGCUUCAUUUUUACUUUGAAGUUUGAUGGAACAUUGGCACAAUCAGAUUUUUAUUUUUCUAGGUUAUAUGCUAGUUACAAUUGGUUUAUGUUGAUUAUUUUCACUAUUAUACCAGGAUUAAUAUUAAUUUUGGGAAAUGGAAUGUUAAUAUUAUCGUUGCAUAAAGCAAGACAAAUUAGAUCGCGAUGUACAGGGAAAAUCAAACGGGACAACAAAAACCUCACAAUAAUACUAAUUUCAAUAAUUGUUCUAUUCAUUCUGGCCGAAAUACCUUCUAAUUUAAUUUCAAAAACAAGGGCUGUAACUUUGAUUUAUUUUGGAGAAUAUGCCGACGAUGAAAAUUCAGUGGUAGACAUAAUUAGAGUAAUUUGCACCUUAUUGGGCGCGUUUAAUGUGGCCGUUAAUUUUUUAUUCUAUUAUCUGUUUUGUCCCACAUUCUAUAGAGCCCUUAAGAAAAUGUUCAGGGGUGGAACUUCUAAGAAGACGGAAAAAGUCCAUGUUAACUUUAUUGUGCUUAACGAAAAUUUAAACAUGAAACAUAUGAAAGCUAAAGUAAUUGAAAUUACCAAAAGUCUUAAUGCUCCUCUAUACAAAGUAGACGAAAAAAAAGGUGACGACGUGCAGAAUUGCUGUUCAGAACAGAUGGAUUCGGAAUAUAUUGAAGUCAUCGAUGAGUAUAAAGGAAACGGAUUCCUUUCUGGAAGCUCUUCACAACCCCUUGGUUAUGAUAACGCAUCAGAAGUCACUAUUAUUAAAGACGGCUAUAAAUGAAAUUGAUAGUUGUAAUAUUUUAUUGAAUAAAUGCAUAUUAUUUGAUUAAA